ACUCACAUCCGUCAACGGAACGGCAAGUAUUUGGUACGGUUACCACUUAAGCGUUUGUUUGCCCCUUCAUAGGUGCUACGAAAAUCACGUCAAAUCGCAAUUAAUCUAUUCCAAAUGCUUCAAUGAAGAUUCCAACGCCGGAGCUGCAAGCCAAAUAUUCGGAGGUCAUGGAUGAGUACUUUCAACUAGGCCAGGUGACCAAAGUAACAACCAAGGAGCAGCAGCAUUGCAUCAUUAGCAAGAAGAAUGGAAUCGAGUCCACAUGUUGCACAUUGCCGCAGUAUUCAAGGAGGAAAGUGUCACUUCUAAGGUUGACGCCUCCUGUAAAACGUCAAACGGAAAAUCGCUCAAUGGCGUCCUAUGCACCGGACCACCGCUCCAAAACGAUCUAGCCGGCGUGGUCCUGAAUUGGCGCCUCCAUCGUUUUGUUUUUGCUGCCGACAUUCAGAAGAUGUUUACAUGCAUUGACAUGAAUGCAGAGGAUUCGCAAUAUCAACGCAUCUUUUGGCAUGGCGAACACAACCAGGUAGCUGAGUAUUAUCUCAACACAGUUACGUUUGGAACCACUUCAGCUCCUUACACAGCUAUUCGCGUCAUACAUCAACUGGCACAGGAUGAACGCGACCGAUACCCACUCGCGGAAAGGGUCCUCCGACACGAAAUAUACGUUAAUGACGUCCAAAGCGGAUCUUGCACUCGCGAAGGAGCAUUAGAAAUUCAAAAUCAAUUGAUCGGAGCCUUACGAUCAGCAAGAAUGGAACUUCGAAAGUGGUCUGCGAAUGACGCUUCUCUGCUAAAAGACAUACCUCUCGAUCAUUUGUCUCGAAAGACAUUAUCAGAGUUUGAGUACCAAACCUUAGGUCACAUCAAGACUAUUUUGGGUUCAAGUCGCCCGACUGUACGACCCCUUAGGUUUCAUCACGCCCUGUGUCAUGACCGCGAUACUCAGGGACACAUGGAUGGCCCGCAUCAAACGCAACGAUGGCAGCCCAGCACAACUGGACUGGGAUGAACCCGGCCAACCGAACUGCUUGAUAGAUGGCAGGGAUUCAUACAGAACUUACCAUAUGUCGAGCAAAUUCAAGUACCACGAUGGCUGCGCUUCAACAUCCACGAGCUUGCGUCAUUACAGCUACAUGUUUUCUGCGAUUGAUCAUCACUGGCGUAUUCAGCACGUGCAUAUAUUCGUGCCGAACUACCAAACGGAAGAUUCAAACUCAUUUGCUAGCUGCACGUAGUCGAGUCACGCCCACGAAAUCGAUCAAAAGUCCACAAAUCGAACUUUCGGGUGCGCUGCUGGCAGUUAAACUUGCAAAAUGGAUCCUGGACCAACUUCGCACAGCAACCUUUUAUUGGUCAGAUGCUACUAUCGUUUUGUUUUUGAUAAAUGGAGAUCCCCACCGAUGGCAAACCUUUGUGUCAAACCACGUUGGGCAGAUUUUGGAGCACAGUACAUCAACUCAGUGGAGACAUGUACCUACUGCGGUAAACCCAGCGGACUGCGCAACUCGUGGCUUAACACCACAAGAGUUAGCAGUACGUCCAUUGUGGUGGUCUGGACCAUCAUGGCUACAGCAGCCGGAAAGUCAAUGGCCGUCAAACGGAGUUUCUAGUCAAGACAUCGACAGGACUAUAAUCGAGGAGAAACCAUCAGUUUUGUUCCAAAAUGCUGUGCAAGUCUCGGAGGCUCCAGAAACCGUCAUUCAAAACUCUUCCUCAUACGACAGGUUAAUGUCAGUUAUGGAAUAUGUUCUACGGUUUAUACAUAACAUUCAAGCCAAAGGGGACAAACUGUCUGGUCCACUGAGUGUGCAGGAGCUCGACAACGUUAAUUCAUCUCGUUCGCAGCAUUCAACAGGAGGUCUACGCGAUAGAAAUAUUGAGGUUGAAGGGAAACAAGGCACUAUCGGGCCAUUUCUAGAUGACCAACAAAUUCUACGAGUCAGAGGGCGACUCGGAAAUGCAAUGCACCUUCCAAUAAGCCAGCGACAACCAUGAUCAUUCCCAAUCAUCAUCAUUUUACCGAUCUCAUCGUGCGUAAUGCCCAUCGUCUCGCACUCCACGGCGGCACUGAAUUAACUCUGCCCACUAUUCGAUACAAGCAUUCUUCGACAAUGUUUUCGUCACCGACCAAACUCAUCCAACUCGUGCAUUCAUCGCCACCGGAGUUGACUAUACAGGCGCGUUCGAAAUUCAAGCAUCCAGAUUCCGUGGACACAACAACUACAAGGCGUAUAUCGCAGUUUUCAUCUGUUUGGCUACAAAGGCAUUUCAUCUUGAAGCGGUCACGGGCUUAACCACCGAACACUUUCUUAUGGCUCUACAACGUUUCAUCGCGCGUCGGGGCCACUGUCAACACAUGUAUAGCGACUGCGGCACAAACUUCAUUGGUGCCGACCGGGCUCUCCAAACCUGGCAAACACAUUUGAAACGAGAGCUACCCACAACUGCAAUACCUGCUUUAGCGGCCCGACACGUCCAAUGGCAUUUUAAUCCACCUCAUAGUCCUAAUUUUGGAGGCCUUUGGGAGGCAAAUGUAAAGUCUGUCGAAACCCAUCUCUAUCGAGCCUUUUCAGGAUAUAAAAUGACCUACGAACAACUUGCUACCGUGCUAACACAAAUUGAAGCCUGUUUAAAUUCCAGGCCAUUAUGUCCACUAAGCGCUGAGCCAGAGGACCUAGCUGUCCUCAACCCGGCACAUUUUCUUAUUGGAGAUUCAUUAUUAGCUCCGCCGGAUCUAACGACAAGGGAUGUUCCACUCAUAGUCCAAUUUCUGGAAGGACAGAAAAUGAUCCGGCAAUUUUGGAAGCGUUGCACUUCGGAUUGGCUAUCACAUCUUCAAGCCCGUCCAAAAUGGCGACAUGAAACCGACAAUUUACAAGUCAGCGAUCUAGUAAUUGUCAAGGAUGACCGACUGCCACCCAACGAGUGGAAACUGGGAAGGAUAAUAGAAGUGCACCCUGGAGCUGACAGUUUAGUCAGAGUCGCAACCGUUAAAACAGCAUCAGGCGUAUACAAACGAUCGAUCUCUAAAAUAUGUCGGCUUUCCGUUGCCAGAGACCUCAGAAUAAUCAUAUCACCGUUGCUAGCUCCUUUCGACCAUACAUGUACCAUAACGCACACUUUAUUUAUUCACAGAACAUUCACAGGGCACAUCCUUUGGUUUCUAGUACUGGUCCCAGUAUUGGGGGCGGCUUGGACGGUUUUCUAAGGGUUAAACCACAAAUAGAGUGAGAGUUCUUCGUUUCAUGCUAGGGCAGCGUUACCUCGUCUCCGAUCACCAAGAAGAGACGUCGUUUGCGGGUCGACGAAAUCAAAACGACAAUCAAGAAGUGGAUCUCGUAUCGAGGAUUUUACAAAAAUACCCCUAUACUCAUUUUGAGUAUCGGGUAUAAAAAAACGUGUAUAUUAGCAAUGCUAAUUUUUUUGUUAAUGUUUGAAAUAAUUAAAACUUUAGUCUGCCACAGAGAAGAUUUAUGCCUAUAUAAGGUUUUUUUCUCCCUACCGAAUCUAUUUUAAUUCGUGAACCUUAGG